CUUUAAAGACAAUCGUACAACAGAGCGAAGCAAGAACCAAGAUUAAAAAGAUAGAAGAUUUGAGUUUCUACCAAUGGCAAACCUAGACGAUCUAAGGGACAUAAUGAGUUCGGAAAGGAUACCCGAGAAUAGUCAGCAACGGAAAAGAAUUUUUUCAGGUGUAGUUUCGGCGUGCGCCUGUUCUAUUUGCCUGGUUAUUAUCAUAGUGUUUUCAACCGUUCAAGAGUAUGCCGGUCAUAGUCCCGUAGUCUGGGGAUUAGAGGCCAUUUUAACAACCAUUGGUGGGGUGUUUACAUACAUUAUCUGGAUAGUUGUACAUAAAAAUGGAGAUCAGUUCCUGGAAAAAAACGCAGAAGAUGUCACAAUUCGGAUGAAAUUAUGCUUUCUCUGGAUCUUUGGAAUCAUUAAUAUUCUACAUUGUGCAGUCGAUAUGGCAAUAAAUUUUGAGUGCAUAGACGAGCAAGGCAAAGAACAAUUUCAAGGAGAUUACGUAGUCAGUAUUGUUACGCAUACAUUUGAGAUAAUCUUUCUAACAGGACAACUCGGCUUCAUAAGUUCUUACUCUGCAUAUCGAUUAACGUCUUCUACUCUUGUAAAUUACGGAAUUUCGACCAUAAUUUUAACCCAUGCGAUACGGUGGUUUCGAACACUUUUUAGGUCACUCUUAAGCAAUGACUUAAUAUAUUUGACAAACGAUUCAAAAAUCUUCCUAAACGAUUGUUUUUGGACUUCAGAUUUAACUAGUUUUCGAAAAUCAGUCGACGUAUACGUCAACCCGACCUUGACAGAGUACAGUCUUCUUGCUGUUUCAUUGAUGCUGCGAAUGUGGAUAUCGCUUGAGAAAAAGGAUAGUCAACCGUCUUUUGUUCCUUCUCUAGAUGACGAAAGAACCCCCUUGCUUUGUGAUAGUUCUCCCAAAGUAAGCAAUCAUGUGAAUAUACAUAAAAGGAUCAUCCGAAUGCUUAGCUUAAGAUCCGCUGUUCGGAGUUCCUCAGUAUAUAUCUGCGUCUUAGUUGCCAUCGUAUUAUGUCUGCCAAUUUUAACCACUGUAAUAAUGUCAUCGGCAAUGGAAAACCAAAGUUACCAUUACAAGCUCUCAUCUGGGAUCAUUCAAUGUAUGUUUAAACUUGAACUUUUUAUUGUCAUUAUGUUGGCUUUCUUUCUAUGUAAUAAACAAUAUAGGGAAGCUAGUAAUAGUAUAGAUAGAAUCAAUAGCAGUAGGCUUAUUCUGAUCUUCUGUACUGCAGGAGCAGUUGCAUAUAGUACAUUCGGAUUAAUUGCAGGAUUAUUGUAUGAUAAAGAUGAUUCUAGGUGGUUGUCCAUAGUAUUAGUUAUUCAAAAGAUAUUUGAGAUAGCCUGUAUCUAUUUCCAAACAAUACUUAUCUUACAACAUUCAUCGAACAAAAUUGUCCAUCUUCAAAAUGUCUCAAGGUACAUACCUGUGUAUAAAGUACACUGUGUAUUGUUUACAAUCAAUAUCAUAAUGUGGCUUGUGAAUAGCUACAUGGGAAAAGUGGUAGAUAGUGUUAUGCACAUUGAACAAAGUUUUUAUGGAGAUAAUUACUUGAAAGCAGUAAACGAUGUUGUACUUCCUAUUACAAUCUUUUACAGAUUUCAUACAGCAAUGGAUAUUUAUCAAUUAUACAAAAAUUAUGAAAACUUGCACAAUUCAAGAUGCAAAAAAUGAAAAUAUGAUAUUUUAGAAUGUAUCUAUUAGCCGCUAUAACAGCAUAUCAUUAUAUCAAUUUGAUGACGGUUUUAUCUUGCAAGACAAUAAUUUAUACUGUUAUUAAUUAUUUUACUAAAAAAUGUGUUUUUUUGCUUUUUUUAUCUAGACCUUUGAUUCAUAUUAAAGCAUCAUUAAUUGAUUUUAAAUAACCAAUUUCCAGAACAACAAUAUAUUU